AGGUGGAACAAAGUGGAAAUGAAAGUAUGACAGUUAGAAAACAGUCGCUCUGUUGCUGCCGUCGAAGAUGGAUAAGUUCAGAGUCGUCCUGAACUUUGCCAACAAGCAGAGCAACCUUGGUUUCGGGCUGGUGGCCCUGCUGACGGCGGGAGGGGAGCAGAUCUUCUCCUCGGCGGUGUUCAGUUGCCCCUGCAAUGACCUGAACUUCAUAUACGGCAUGGUGUUCCUGCUGGUGCCUGCUCUGGCUCUGCUGCUGUUGGGCUACAUUUUGAAUCAGCGGACGUGGAAGCUGAUGACGGGUCGGUGUCGGCCAAAGGCCUCACCGUGCAGCUGCAGGAGGCUGAGGGCCACCGCAGUGGUACUCUACCACAUCACCACCACAGCGCUGGUGGCGCCCGCCAGCUGGAUCGCUGUGGCUCUGCUCAACGGCAACUACUACGAGUGUUUGAUGACGGGAAUCGGUGCCUUCAACAAGCAUCUGUGUGAAAAGAGGAACUCCACGGCCCAGUGUGAGAAUCUGCACAGGUUCCCCUGUGGAGACAGCAGCGUGCCGACAGCUGAAAUCGAGGAUGUCCUGCUCUACCUGAAGGCUCAGUCCCAGAUUCUGGGCUGGCUGCUCAUUGCCUCGGUCAUGUUGUUCAACCUGCUGCUGAACUGUCUGGCCCAGUGCACCUCCCCCAUCAGCUACCUGCAGCUCAAGUUCUGGAGGGCCUACGCCCAGGAGGAGAGCGAGCUGGUGGAAACGUACACCGCCAAACACGCCAAGGAGCUCGCCGGCCGGAACCUGCAGAGCUUCUUCAACCAGACGCCGCCCGCGCCCAUCGUCACCCCUUCCAACAAGGACUGGGAGAAGAUCUCCUGCCUCUACAAAUUCAGCACUAAGGGACAGUUCUACAGCACCUUGCACCAGUACGUGGAGUCGGACGACAUGAUGAGGAUGGCUUCGGUUAGGUCACGCGACAGUGUGGACGACAUCCCUGCUGUUCUUCACUUUGUAGAUGAUGGACACAAUCCAUUGUGAGGAUAAUCGGCAUCAAAAGAUUACCUUAAGAUAGGCUUAAGACCAUGUCUGCUGAUAUGAUUUAAAUUGCAGGAGUCACUUCAUGUGUUGCGGUUGAAAGAGGAUGGAUUUGCUUAGCUUCUUGUUGGCACCCAGUGUAGCCAUACAACUGCGUCUCGACACAGAAACGCUGAAAAGAUUCUAUUUUCAUAUUGUUUAGUUUAAUGGGAGAAAUGAGUGACAACGUCUGUAUCAUGUGACCCAUCAUGUGUGUGUUUUUAUGUGAUCCUCAAUAGCAUUGCUGUAGGGACUGCCCUGGAUGAGUAACACACACAAGUAAAUCAACACAGUCGAGAUAAUAUUCAUUUGCCUUUAUUAUCCUCAAUUUCUCCUCUGCACCGUGAGCUCACCUGAGCGUAUUUCAGCGAGCGUGCACGAGGAUGGCAAAUUAGUAUAACCAACGCACCCCCCCCCCCCC